GACGCCCUUCUACUGGGAACCGGCAUGCGUAAACCACCUGUUGGGUUGCAACGCGGAUGGAGAGAAUCUCGAAUGUCGAUUCUGCGGCGAGGGGGCUUACGCCGACAUCCGCUGUCCGACUGAGGAGCAGCAUUGCACAUGGCCCGGCGCAGAGCCGGUGACACCCUACUACUGGGACACGACGUGCCAAAUGGGGCAUCUAGGAUGCAAUGCUGACGGGAUACACAUUGAGUGCCGCUUCUGUGAAAUGUUCCCUUUCAAAAGUGUGCGCUGUCCGCCAUACGCGCGGCCCGAGAUUCCGACUUACGAGUGCUGGUUCCCGCAUGGGACGGCCCAGACGUAUUACUGGGACAACAACUGCAAAAUUGGAAUUCUGGGCUGCCUUGCGGACGGCAUCCACGAGCAGUGCCGGUAUUGCGGCCCUGGUUCUCACGGUGCAUACGAGGGCAUCCCGUGCCCCGCUCCUCCGACGGUGCUCCCCUAG